AUGUACCCACCCAUCGAGCCAUACACUAUUAGCACACUAAAGGUCUCCGAUCUGCACACGCUCUACUACGAAAUCAGUGGCAACCCUCAAGGCACUCCAGUCGUCUUCUUGCACGGCGGACCUGGUGGCGGUUGCGAUGCGAAGGACAGAUCAUUCUUCAACCCAACGAGAUACAAGAUCGUCCUCUUUGACCAGCGCGGUGCGGGAAAGUCCACACCGAGCGCGUCUUUGGAAGAGAACACCACCUGGGAUCUAGUGAAGGAUAUCGAGAAGCUCCGCGAACACCUGAACGUUGAAAAGUGGCACGUAUUCGGUGGAUCGUGGGGAUCUACGCUGUCUCUUGCCUACUCUCAGGCCCACCCUGGGCGAGUGAAGACUUUGGUCCUUCGUGGGAUCUUCACGCUUCGCAAGAACGAGUUGCGCUUUUUCUACCAGGAUGGUGCAUCUCACCUUUUCCCAGAAGCUUGGGACGACUAUAUUUCCCCCAUUCCGGAGGCCGAGCGUCAUGACAUGGUUCUGGCUUAUCAUGCCCAGCUGAACUCUGCCGAUGACGAGACGCGUCUCAGGGCGGCUAAGGCCUGGACGCGAUGGGAAAUGUUCACGUCCAAGUUGCACGUCGAUCCAGCGCAUGUUGCAGAAGCCGAGAAAGAUGACUUUGCCAACUCCUUUGCUAGGAUCGAGAACCACUAUUUUGUCAACGACGGCUGGAUGCGAGAAGGCCAGCUGCUUGAGAAACAAUCGGUGGACAAGAUGCAAGUGCUGAGUGCUAUCUCCAGCCGACGAUACGAUGUUGUCUGCCCCGCAACCACAGCAUACGCGCUUAAGAAGGUGUGGCCGGAGGCAACCUUGCACAUCGUCCCCGAUGCUGGCCAUUCAUCGCGCGAACCCGGCACUGCCAAGUUACUCGUAGAGGCUACGGACAAAUUUGCCGACCUCUGA